UGCCACCACGAUCAGCACGAUGAGCAGUGCAGCGCGGUUGCGGUUCUUUGACAUUGGAGCCAACCUCACAGACCCCGUGUUCAGAGGGGUAUACAGAGGGAAGCAGAAGCACCCGUCCGACUUUGCACAGAUCCUCCAGCGUGCCCGAGAUGCAGGCGUUGAGAGGAUGAUGGUGACGGGUACUAACUUGGCUGACAGCAAGGAAGCCGUGGAAAUGGCAAAACAGAACGAGGGCAUCACAUGCACUGUAGGGUGUCACCCUACAAGGUGUAAGGAGUUUCUUGACGAUCCAGAGGCUUAUUACAAGUCGCUGCAAGCGCUGAUUGAGGAGAACAGGUCGGUGGUGGUUGCUGUUGGUGAGACGGGGCUUGACUAUGACCGCCUUCAGUUCUGCCCAAAGGACGUGCAGGCAACGUACUUCAAGCGCCAGAUUGAUCUUGCGGAGGCGACGCAGCUGCCGAUGUUCCUCCACCUGCGCAAUGCACACGACGACUUUCUCCACAUCAUGGAGCCAAACCGCCACAGGAUCGUUGGCGGAGUUGUGCAUUCGUAUGACGGCCCGCUGGACGUGGCGCUGCGGCUGAUUGAGAUGGGGUUCUACAUUGGCCUCAACGGCUGCUCCUUGCGCAAGGAGGAGAACCUUGAUGUCGUCAAGCAUCUCCCAACCGACAAACUCAUGCUCGAGACGGACUGCCCCUGGUGUGAAGUUCGCCCAUCACACGCCGGCUUCCAAUACGUCAAGACAAAGGUGCAAGCGAAGAAGGCUGACAAGUGGGAGGAUGGCAAGUACGUCAAGUCCCGCAAUGAGCCCGCCCUCAUCACACAAGUCCUCGAGAUUGUAAGCGGGUGCAAGGGCGAGGACCCAGAAGUGGUUGCAGAACACGCGUUCACAAACGCGCAGCGCAUGUUUGGUGGUGGUGGUGGUGGUGGUGACAAGUAGCCACGCUUGUUCGAGCCGUCUCGGCAUUGACGCGAAAGAAAGAAACAAACAAACCAA